CGAUGGCAGCCUCUUGGCGCCAAACCGCGUCCCUUUUCCCGCCACCUCCUCUUCCCCGCGCCGCCGUAUCCCUUCCCUCCCUCACCGCGCCCCAUUUCCACCGAGCGAAAGAAAGGCGACGGGGAGAAUCCCUCGGUGCCAGUGGCAGGCGAAUCCCUCGGCGGCGGCGAAGGCGACGACGACGCAGGUUAUUCUUCUUCAGCGCGCAAGAUCGAUCUAGUCCUCGUCUGAAAUGGGGGACGAGAGGGUCGAGGCCAUGGAGAUUGAUGGGCAGCAGCGGCAAGAAGUCGCCGCCGCUGUGCCGGACGGCUUCAACGCCGAUUACCUCCGAAUCUACUACGGAAAGCUCUUCCCAUAUGGUGAUUUCUUCAAGUGGCUUGCAUACGGAAAUGAUGCAAAGCAUCCUGGAUGUGAUCAGUCAUACAUUGGGCGUCGGGAGCUUUCGUUUACACUGGAGAAUGACAUCUAUCUGCGGUUUCAGUCCUUUGAUAGUGCAGCUGAACUGGAGACUUCUAUCAAGGAGAAGUGCCCUUUCAAGAUUGAUAUUGGACCUGUCUACAGCGUAGAUCCUGCAAAGCGACAUGCCUACGCCCAGUCUGGUAACAAUGUCUUCGUACCAGUGGAAAGGGAACUUAUUUUUGAUAUUGAUAUAUCUGAUUAUGAUGAUGUUCGCUACUGCUGCUCUGGAGCUGACACCUGUCUGGACUGCUGGCCAUUAAUGACCAUUGUCAUCAAAAUCCUGGAUACUUCACUUAGAGGUGAUUUUGGUUUCAAUCACAUAUUGUGGGUAUAUAGUGGUCGCCGUGGUGUCCAUUGCUGGGUUUGUGAUAGUAGAGCAAGAAAGCUAAGCAAUGAACAAAGGUCUGCAAUUGCUGACUACUUCCGUGUCUAUAAGGGUGGCGAGAAUUCACUCAAGAAAGUUUCGUUGACUGGGCCUGUCCUUCACCCUUUCCUUGCACGGUCAUACACCGAUGUUCUGAAAUGCUUCUUUGAAGACAAGCUGUUACAUAGCCAACAACUAUUUGCAUCCGAGGAGAGGUGCCAGAAGAUACUCGAACUUAUUCCAGACGAAAAUGUUGCUAGUGAGCUCCAUGAUAAAUGGCAAGGAAAUAGACGAUCCUCCAUCUCAAAAGAAGAUGUGAAUGCAGCAAGAUGGGAGCAGUUAAAGACGACCUUGCAGUCAGGAAAACACAAGACGCAGGGGCUUCGCAGAUGUGUAGAAGAGAUUGUCUUCUCGUACACGUAUCCUAGACUUGACAUGGAGGUGUCAAAGCACAUGAAUCAUUUACUGAAGGCCCCCUUUUGCAUACACCCAAAGACAGGGCGUGUUUGCGUUCCAAUCGAUCCCAACAAUUGUGAAGAUUUUGAUCCUACAGCUGUUCCAACUUUAUCACAGCUGUUAGGAGAGCUCAAUGCGGCUCGUAUGCAGAUUGAUUCUGAGAACGAUUGGGAGAGAACAUCCCUUGAAAAGUACAUCAGAUUUUUCAGAACGUCCUUUCUUCAACCGAUGCUGAAAGCUUGCAAGGAGGAACUGGAAACCGCUUAUAGUGCAAAGCUCCAACAGUCCAAGAAUACCUUGAGCUGGUAAAAGCUCCAUGGACAACGGAGACAGUGCCUCUCUCGCAUGGGCAGCCUUCUUCGUUUCUGAGAGGUGCCUACUCCCCGAGUUCAUCCAGGGCACAGGCCAUUCAUCCUAUUUGUUGCUCUACGGGCGAACGUGUAACUGUUCAGCUACCGCUGUGGCUCACAAGCACAGGCUCGAAUGCAUUGUUAGCAGCUUGUUCUUGCGUGGUGUCUGUUUGAAGCUGUUAAACUUUGACGAACAAAUGGUGCUGCGCUAUUGCAUAGAGCCUACCGUUGCAAGCAUAUUACUCACUAAUACUCCUCUGUAAAUUAAUAUAGUGAUCUAAAAGGUCUUAUAUUAGUUUAUAGAGGGAGUACAUUGUAUCAGUUAUUCUUGUUAUAUGCGACCAUGAGGUCUUUGACUUA